AUGGCUGAGACUCACGACGAACUCAUUUUUCGCCACAAGAAAGAGCAGAAGGAGCUCGUGGGCAAGAUCACGGGUCUCAAGAAGACCGUGAACAAGAAGAACAAGAAGGAUGUCCAGAAGCAGAUCGAGGUCCUCGAGAGGGAACUGCGACAGACGCAUUUAGUCGAGAUUGCAGAAUGGGAUAAGACGAAUCAGCCCGAAGAUAACAAGGAGGAGAAUGGCGAGAACGGCGGUGAAGACGGCGCACUCAACACCGAGGGCCUUCAAAGAGCAGUCAAAGACAUCGAACUCCAUUCCGCUCCCCUACAAUCAGAACCGCCACUCCCAGCAAAGAAAAGAAACCGUGCAAAAGACCGCCUAGCCAAGAAAGCCGCAGAACUCGACCGCCUCCGUGACGAAGCCGCCUCAGAAGCAGACUCCAUGCCCGACCUCCGCGCCAUCGAAACCGAGGCAAUAACCGCACUCGCAAACGCAAAGGGAUUGAAGGAGCAUGAUAUCGUGCCUGAUGGGCAUUGUUUGUAUAAUGCUUUUGCACAUCAGUUGAGGAUUAGGAGAGGGGUGGAGAUGGAUCAUGUGGAGAUGAGGAAGACUGCCGCUGGAUAUAUCCGAGCAAAUCCAGAUACUUUCGUCCCGUUUUUGUGGGCUGAGUCGGAUAGCCCGCCGAGUAUCGACGAGUACACGAAGGAAAUUGAAGAAACUCCCGUAUGGGGUGGACAGAUGGAGAUCUUGGCACUAUCCCGGGCACUGAAGGUCCCCGUCGAAGUCGUGCAGAUGGGAGCACCGGUGAUAAAGGUGGAUGUGGAGGACGAAGAAGACGUUGGGGAGCCGAUGAGGUUGGCGUAUUACAAGCACAAGUAUGGGUUGGGUGCGCAUUACAACUCGCUCGUCUAG